GAUGCACUGGUUAUUGUUCCCCAAUUUAGGGCUGCUUGUGUGUUUUCACAGCUGUAUAUCAGCCUUUACAGUGGAAACCAGAACCCUGACAUUCGAUGACUCCUAUUAUGAGUAUGUGCCUGAUCGCCUGCAAUGGAGCAGUGCAGGGGAACUAUGUAAGCACCGCUCUGGGGCCCUAGCCACAGUCUCCAACCCAGGAGAGAACCAAGACCUAACCAGCUUUUUAAAAUCUUUGAACAUCUCUCAACCUGUGUGGAUUGCCAGGAAAGUCAUGACGCAUCUGACAAGUUCCUCUCAGACCCUGAUUCUGGAAUUCACCGGGCGCUCAGACAGGAGUCAUGCCCGUCUCCUGCACAAGUUCCCCUCCAUGGGCUCAGUGACCGUUUGCACCCGUCUCCUCUUCGAUCCCAACUGCUUUGGAAUUUCCACCAUUUUCUCUUAUUCCAUCCAGUCAUAUAUUAAUGAGUUCCAGCUCCGCGCAAACCUGAUCCAGGGCAAGCCUGUGCAGCUGGCUCUUAUGGUGCAUGGCAUUCAUGGGCUUUACCAAGAAGCAUUUGACCAUGACGACUUCUGGCACUCUGUGUGCGUUACUUGGAGCCAGAAUGGUGGACGCUGGGCACUAUAUACUGAUGGCCUUGGGUUAUCUAGGGGUGAUGGCCUUAACAGUACUGACAGCAUCGGUCCUGAUGGUAUUUUCAUUAUCGGGCAGGAGCAGGACACUUUUGGGGGCUCAUUUAAGAAGGACGAGUCAUUCUCAGGGAGCAUCACGGAGCUGCACAUUUGGGAUCGGGUACUGAAUGGCAGUGAAAUCCUCACCAUGGAAAAAGAGUGCUCGCCCAUUUCCUCUGGGCUGGUGUUCAAGUGGAGUGGACCAGACAUGGAAAUAGAGUCCUCACUUACGAAGCUGAGGGGAGACAACCCGUGUCAAGGUAACUUCACUGUGUUGGCAAAUGUGCUCUUGGAUUCCGUUCGGGAUGGAAAUUCUUUGCAGAAUCAAACAUUCUCCCUUGAGUUCUUCCACAGCCCUCAGUCUGAUGAGGAUUGUGACAUCUUUGACCCUGUUACUGGGGGCUGGAGCCUAGUCAAGUGUGACUCAUUCAGAGGGGCUGUCUGCCAGUUUAAGAAAGAGGUGCUGGAUGUUUUCAGUUUACCGAAGACACCAUUCUUCAGUAGUCUGAGCAAGGACCCUCUGACUAAACGUGUGAUGGAGGAGCUGAGCAUCAACAGUUCCUGGAACAGAGAUCUGACCUCACUGCAGCAGCUGUCCCAGGCUGUCCUGCAUACUUUGGAGGCUGGUGGCCCAAAUGUUCUCACCUCCAGUGAUGUCCUCUACCUCUCCCAGAUGGUUGAGAUGGACCUAACUGCACUGGCUAGUUCUCACUCUGCCAGACACGAUGCAGCAGAGGUCAUGGUCUCCAUUGCGACUAACUAUGUGAAGGCUGCAAGUUUGAUGCUGGAGCCUCACAUGGCUACACAGUGGAUGGGCCUGACAGAGGAUGGGGUCAGCGUGGGACCAUUUACCAUUGUCAAGAGCAUUGACAAUCUCACUGAAGCUCUUUCAGACAUGCUAUCUGCUGAGAGAAGAGGCUUCACUCUUUCUACAAAGAACAUAGAUGUGUACAUGAAAUGGCAGAGGCUGUCUGAAGAUCUCUGUAGUCAAGUCUUCAAGCCAUCUGUGGUCGGCUCUCCCGCCACUGGCAGCAGCGGUCGGGAUGAGUUGAUAAUACCUGACACUGAACUCCAGAGGAUACACAGGCUGGGAUAUGAGGAAGUGAUGUUUAUUCAUACCCACUUUAGCCAUCUGAGUGAGAUUGUGGCUGGAGCGCAGGAACCUCCAGUGAGUCACCAAGAGAAAGCUAAAAGAAUUCUCCCAGGUCACCUGGCUUCUGCUGUCAUAUCAGCCACCAUCCGUGAUAACUCCAAGGCACAAACCAUCCCUGUGGCUGUCCAGUACACUCUUUCUUCAUCACAUGUGGUGGAGUAUUCACAACGAGUUUCCCCUAUUUGUGCCUUUUGGAAUUUCAGCCUGAUGGACAGUCAUACCAAUAGCUGGUCCGGUGAUGGUUGCAGGGUGACCGUUGCCGGCUCUGGUGUCACUUCUUGUCUAUGUAACCACACCACCAACUUUGCAGUGCUGAUGAACUACCUGGAGUCGAAGUGGAGUCCUGAGGAGCAGCUUAUUUUGACCAAACUGACAUUCGUCGGCUCUGGCGCGUCUCUAUGUGCACUGGUGGUGACAUUGAUGCUGUUCACUGUGUUGGAUAUCCCCAAAUCUGACAGGACGUCCAUUCAUAAGAACCUUUUCAUCGCUCUGAUCUGCGCUCAGGUGAUUCUGCUUUGCAGCGGCUCAGCCAUUCACAACAAGGUGGCGUGUACACUUGUGGCGGCACUGCUUCAUCUCUUCUUCAUGGCAGCAUUUAGCUGGAUGCUAGUGGAGGGUCUGCUACUCUGGAGCAAAGUGGUCGCGGUCAACCUAAGCGAGGAUCGACACAUGAAAUAUUACUAUCUCAUCGGCUGGGGUCUGCCGGUGCUGAUAGUCACCAUCACACUGGCAUCGGCCUCAGGCAAAUACUCAGCCGACGGCUACUGUUGGCUCAGUGUCCAGAAUGGCGUUAUCUGGGGAUUUGCUGGGCCCGUCAUCUUCAUCAUCAUGGUAAAUAUCAUGAUCCUGACUCGGGUGGUGGUCAUCACCAUAUCCACAGCAAAGAGAAGGUCCAUCAUGCUGGCCAUGGGCACCAGUCCUGUGGAACAAGCCUAUGAGCAAAUCAGGGCUGCUGUGAAAGCGGUGUUGGUGUUGCUGCCCAUCCUCGGAUUGACAUGGCUAUGUGGCGUCUUGGUGCCUUUCUCCAUUGUUAUGGCCUAUAUCUUCAUCCUCCUCAACUCCCUACAGGGCCUGUUCAUCUUCCUGAUAUAUGGGGUGUACAACACAGAGGUUCGGAGCACGGUCAACAGGAUCAAGGAGAGGAGAAAAGCACUUAAUUUUUCAAACUGUGCGAGUUCCCGACCAUCCAGCUCGGUCACCAGCUCUCGUCCUGUCAGUUUCCCACUUGGAACAACCCCAAGCCAGGAGGAGGAGACCACCCCUACCUACACUUGCAGCAACACACCAGGGCUGGGGAGGGAGGAAGAGAGUGCCAGAGGUCAGCUGUCCAUUCCUUGUGUUCCAGAGAGACUAGAAAACCCCUUGAGCCAAACCUUUAGAGGCACUCAUCUGCAUAGAAAGGAGCCUCCUCCCUCAGAAGUGGAUGCUUUGUCAGGUGGCUGUAGUCUUCACAUCCCCAUGGAGCUGGAGUUUGCAACUUCCUGUUUCCCUCGCAGCCCUGCGCCUCAGAAAAGCUACGGCCUUGUCUACGUUGACUGACCUGGUUGGUGUGAUGGUGAUUGUAGUUUCAUAUUGUGAUUCUUUUUAUUAUUAUUUUUAAUCAGAGUUGGUGAAAUGUUUUUCUUUUUAUUAUAAGCUCUUUCUUAGCUUUUUCUUUUUCUUAAAUCUUCAAGUUUCUGUCACCUGUGAUCAUUGUCGUGACACAGGAAUAUUUAGUAUGUCUAUGUCCACGAGUGUUGCGUUCCUUAAUACUGGUUGUAAGUAUUAUCUGUGAUCUCGGACUCAGUCUGCCUUUAACACUUAUUUUAAGAUGCGCGGGAUAAUAAUGUAAGCUAAAUGCUACAAAUAUGGUUUUAAUCUAAAUUUAAGUUCUGAGUUCUCCAUAAUUUUUUCAGUGUUAAAUUUGUAUUUUUUACAUGUAAAUACUAUCUUUCAUGCCUUUUCUUGCCAUAAAUGUGCUUGUCAAAGCAUUAUGUUGUACAGUAAAGUGUGUGGUAGUACUGCAAUUUGUUACAUGCACUGAGUAGUGGGUGGUGUCCUCAUAACCUAUUAGUGCAAGGUACUUAUCAUGUAACUGCAGUGUUCCUGGUUUGAUGCAGGAAAGGAUUUUUGUUUCAUGUCAUCCCCUCUCUCCUUAUUUUUCCUACUGUCACCCUACUGUCAAACUAUCAAAUAAAGGCCAGACUGGCAUGAAAUAAUUAGUAGAAAAAGAACAGCGGAGUUAUAAUUCUGUAUAUAGUUUGUGACUCUUCCCAUGGACUUUGUACAGAAGAGAACAUACUGUAUCUGCAGUGAUUUAAAGAAAAAAUACAAUGAAAUCCCUUUUCCUGACAUUUCUAAUCCUUUGCUGACCACGACUAGACAAAACAUGUUUAAAGAACAAUGCCCCGAAAACACAAAUACAGUUGGAGAAACAGAAAUUAAUCUUUCAUUCC